CCUGGACGAGAUAAUCGUGCCAAGGGAACUCCCAAGGAGUCGCUGGAUCCUAUAUCACCGACGGCAGAGCAGGCGGUGAGACAGGCUCCUCCCGUCCACAGAGUUGCGUCCCCGCCUGCGGCUUCAUUUGAUUCUCGAAAAAUAUUCGUCGCUGGCUUCAAACCCAGUGUCACUUCGCAGGGCCUCCAGAACCAAUUCUCCCGAUUUGGCAGGGUCGUGGAUGCGAAGGUGAUUAUGAAUAGGCAGACUGGCAGCUCCAGACGCUGUGGUUUUGUUACCUUCGAUUCACCUGGUCCUGUCCAGGCAGUUCUGGCCGAACGCAAUGUUGAGGUCUGUGGCGAUGUAGUGACUGUUGAGAAAUUUCAAACAAAGCACAGAAAUACGUCUACGCAUACGCCCUCGACACCUAAAACCAAUAAACCCUGUCCCCCUAUCACUGAGGAAUUCGAAGCCUCGAACGUAGUUCUCAACAAAAAUGGGAAUCCUCCUAUUUCGUCCGAUAUCACCGUGACGGAUGAAACAAUACGAUGCGUCUACGUUGGACACCUGAGACCGGAAGUCACGCGGGCUCAUUUGAUGGAGUAUUUUUGCAAGUUUGGCAAGAUUGAACGUGUCUUUGUUUUCAAGCGGAAUGUUUCGCGAGCAUCGCUUGGCUUUGGAUUCGUGUACUUUGCCAAAGCAAGCGCGGCUCAGAAGGUUCUGAAUUCCGGUCCGCAUAGAAUUGGAACAUCGGAACUUUUGAUUAGGUGCAUAAGCAAGGACGAGCUGCAAAUGGACAGCAAUUAUGGGAGGUGA